AUGAGCAGCAAAGAGCGACGACAGCCCAAGUCUUCUGCUUCGUAUGGCGAUGACGUACUCAACAAACGCCCAAGUUUCGGCCAAUGGAUCAAAGUGACCUGGCCCGAUAUCCUGACAAUGAUUGUUAUGGGCGUUCUUGGGCUUGGUAUCUACGAAGCACCACCCGCCCCCUCGCGCUCCUUCCCCGUCUAUUUUCCCGACGGCCAGGUCGUCUUCCCCGACUUCGCCUACCCCCUCCGCCAUGAAAUCGUGCCCAUCUGGGCGGCAGCGAUGCUUGCCAGCCUGGUUCCCAUUGUCGUUAUUCUUCUCAUGCAAUUCCGCAUCCGCUCCUUCUGGGACAUCAACAAUGCCAUUCUCGGAUUAUUAUACAGCCUCAUCACCGCCGCGGUCUUCCAGGUCUUCUUGAAAUGGCUGAUUGGCGGCCUGCGUCCUCACUUCUUAGAAGUCUGCAAGCCCGACCUCCCCAUCGGCGGCACACAAACCGGCAACGGCUUCGCCAACAUCAUGUACGACCGCAGCAUCUGCACCGGCGACAAAGACACCAUCGACGACAGCCUCGAGUCCUUCCCCUCCGGCCACACAACCGCAGCAUUCGCCGGCUUCGUCUUCCUCUCCCUCUAUCUCAACGCCAAACUCAAAGUCUGGUCAAACUACCACCCGGCCUACUGGAAGCUCAUCGUCACCUACAUGCCCAUCCUCGCUGCGGUGCUCAUAGGAGGCUCGUUAUCGAUUGACGAGUAUCACAACUGGUGGGACAUUCUUGCUGGUGCCGUCAUUGGGACUGUCAUGGCUUUCAGCGCGUAUCGCAUGGUGUAUGCGAGCGUGUGGGAUUUCCGCUUCAAUCAUAUCCCGUUGGUGCGCCACGUGACGUUUACGCAUGGCGGGGGUGGAUUCGAUGGGUUCUCAGAUGCAAUGUGGACGAGGCAGGCCGGUUGGGGAGGACGUCAAGGUGGUCCGCCGACUGAUGGUGCGCAGGAGGCUUCUGCCAUGGAUGGAUCUGGCGGGAGGGUGUCGAGUGGACGGGAGAACGAAGGACAGGGAAUUACGAGAAAGGCGGUGCCGACGAACCAGCGGAAUGUGAGAGCCGAUGAGAUGGUGUAA